AUGUCCAAAGGGAAACAGAGCACUCCAAAAUUAGACGGUAGUGCGAACAGGGCGCGCUGCUCGAGACUACGAGUUGAGACGUUGGGCAUUUCUCGGAACCAAGAGUCCGUGUCCAAUACUGCAGUCCGCGGUGGCAUUACGGGAACGCAUACCCAGCAGAAGCACCGAAAUCAUGACUCGGAUACGUCGAAAUCCAGCGCGGAGGAGCACUUUUUCUUGGGAAGAGGCGAAGACAGUCUCCGGCGGGCUCUGCUUAUUAAUGAUACGGAUGGCCACACUCUAUCCACGAGUCUCACCCCUUCUCACGGCAUCGCGCCAAUGCCCCGGCCCUUGUCACUUGAGAUCCUUCUCAUGAUCCUUGACGAGUGCCACCAAAGCAACCACUCGCUGAUGCAGCUCAAGCUGACGUCCAAGUGGGUAAACGCGGUGAUCAUGAACACCCCACGCUUCUGGCGCCGGGUCCUUGUUUCCGUCGACCACAUCCCCCCAAGUGUUAAACAAGGAGGUAAUGUGGCCUGUGGUACGGAAAAUAUUUUGAAGACUUGUAUCGAGCGUGCGCGCAACUCGCCACUUGAGGCAACCUUCGUCGUUGGCCCUAUCGACGAGUCCUCUCCGACGCCAGAGGUUAGGAGAGCAAGGUUCGGGAUGCUCAUGUCCCAUUCGAGCCAGAUCACCCUCCUCUGUAUCAUCAUCAAACCCGGCACGCCCAUUCACGUCAUUAAGGAAUCCUUCCGAGGCCUCUUCAACGACUCCACGGUCUUUCCAGCUCUGGAUUCGCUGAUUAUCGCAUCGGCAUAUCCUUUUCUGGGCCUCCUUGAAGACUUCAGGGCGCUCCUUGCGCGGCUGGAGCAGACUUCACAUAAACUUCGAUCUGUGGAAUUCGACAAUGUUGGGGAAAGAUUAAUCCACAACGCGAGUAUAUCCACGUUUUGGCGUAAAUUACAUAGGAUCAUACUUCAGGGCGAGCAUCUUCGACUUUGCGCCACCAUUUUUAAUGGGUGUAAGGACCUCAAAGAGCUUUUCGUGUCGGGGGAGGUUCACUUGCUCCCAAAGGGGCCAAUCGCUCCGAUUCAUGGGAAUAGACAUAAUGCGAUCGCAAACGUCGCGGAAUGCUCAGCAGCUCAUGAAUCACGGCUCCAAUCGCUCUGCAUCGGCGCGGUUACUAUGAAGUCUCUGCAAGUCUUCAGCUUUGAAGGUCUUAAAGAACUCACCAUCGGCUGCACUAUCGACGGCAAUACGGAAGCCAUACCGAACCGACAUUCCAUGAACCUUCCACGGCUCAAAGUCCUUCGAAUCGCGUCGUUGCAUUCCCAGAUCAUUGCCAUCUCGGCACCUGUCCUCCAUACGCUGUGUCUUCAAGUUCACCGCAGUACCAACGCGGACGCCGUUGUGAUGCAAAUCUUUCACGGCGAAAAGGAUAUGUGGAAACCCAAAGUAAUAAGCCUGAACUUGGCAGCCAGUUACGACGUUUACGAGCACGUUUUUACGGUUAUCGAAGAUAUCGAAACGUUGAGGGUGGCACUCUACAGCCGACCAAGCGAGGUGUUCUACAGGACGUUUUGGAACUGCAGGCUGCUCAAGAAGCUUUUUCACCUGGAAAUCAAGCUUUGUUUCCCUCCAUCGUCUCAAUAUCCCCGUGGUAUAUCCGCCGUAUGCAGGUUGGGAAGAGCGUCGGGCCUGCGUGUACUUGUCGCGCCUGGUACAGAUAUGGAUAUUGGAACCGGAUUAGUAAGCGCAGGACAGUCACCUCUACAACCCGCCGCGCCAGGUUGCCCUCUGGCACACGAGAUUAUGCUCGUUGAGACGGAGUUAGCUCGAAGAUUUCGACCUCUUGGGUAUUGGUUCGAGUCGUAG